AUGCAGGAGGCGCUCGGCCACCAUUCCUGCCUCUGCAGCGGUGGUCGCUGCAGGCAGCGGCGGUGCCGCCGGCCCUCCCGCAUGUGCCUGGGCGGGGCCGGCCAGCGCUGUGCUGGCUGCCCUGGAUUUCAAGCUUUGAAAAUGUACGUUGCUCCUCUAUGUUGCGGCCGCCGUAUACACACACGGACGGUCUGCACAAUGGCAAUGCUCCAGAGCAGGAGUAUAAAGCGUUUGCUGCAACAGACCCUCGAGCCCACGGCCACGCCGCUCUCCACGUACCAGCUGCAGAGCACCGUGCUGCUCAGCAGCAAGACAGGCUCUAUUGUGUCCUUCGUGUCGGCCAACCCCGCGCACCCCACCUCAGGCGAUGCCCUGAACAACCUGAAGAUGAUGGCGCUGCUGAUCAAGGAGAAGUGGUCCGAGGACGAGCACGACCCCCAGGCCCAGGCCACCAAGAGCUGCUAUCACGUGACCGUCCCGGCCCGCGACGACGCCGCAGCUGCGGCCGCCCCGCUCACGACGCGCAUCUACACUUGCGAGCUCGAGGACCUGCACACUUGCGUUGCACAGAUCCCCGGCUCGGACUUGCUGUUGCUCUUUAUUGCCGACUCCCUCUUCCCCCAUGGCAUGCUCGUACUAAAAAUGAAGAGCCUGCUAAGCGCGUUCUCAGAGGUCUACGGGUACAAGCUGGACUAG